UUGUAAGUUUUCUUUCCCUUCAUUUUCUUUCUCUCACAAAUCACUCCAAAUUUCACAAAACCCGAACCAAAACAACCAAUCACUCUUUCUUCUCCAAUUUUCCGAUUCCAAUGGCUUCUUCUUCCGACGAAGGUUACGCGAUCGAACUUUACAUGGAUCCAGCACUCGAAAACCAAGUUCUCAAAGCAUGGAACGUUCUCGCUCGCCGUCAAAUCAGUACCGAACUAAUCGAAAUCGGUUCACGACCACACAUCACACUCUUCUCAACUCCUUACCUUCUCGAACCUUCCAAACUCGAAUCCAUUCUCAAAACCCUAACUUCUAAAUUCGAUCCAUUUUCUCUUUCUUUCUCUUCAAUCUCUUCUUUUUCUAAUGAUAACAAUACUCUAUUUCUCUCACCUACUCCUUCAAUCUCUCUUCUCAAUUUUCACUCCAAUUUAGUUGAUUCCAUUGUUAAAGAAGGGAUUGAAGUUUCUGAUGUGUUUUCGGUUGGAAAUUGGAUUCCUCAUUGUGAAGUUGCGAAUCAUGUUCCUAAAUUGAGAAUUGCUGAAGCUUUUACUCUUCUUAGAGAUCUUAAAUUGCCUGUUACUGGUUAUGCUGUUGAUGUUGCUCUUGUUCAAUUCAAUCCGGUUCGUGAGAUUUUCUCCUUUGUUCUUGGUAACAAUAGUAAUAAUAUUAUUGAGAAUUGAAUCCUUUGUUUGUAUGUUAGCUUGUUGUAAUAAGAUUGUUGUUGUUGUUAUGUUAUUCUUAAUUUGGAACUUUUUUUUUUUUUGGAGGAAUUGUUUAUGAAUUAUGAUGAUUAGUUUUAGAAUAUUGGAAUUUUGAUGAUUAGCUAUGAAGCACAUGAUACUGACAUUGACAUUGGUAAAAUUUUGGAAUUUAUGUUGUUGAUGCUGAUUGAGUUAUUCGUAAAUUGGAACUUUUCGGAGGAA